AUGCACCCUCGCCACCGCGGGGCUGCUUUAAAUAAUAAUAGUAAUAACGAUGAUACUGAUGCACAAAAACACGCGGACGAAAACGGAUACCCACACUUGAUUGUGUUUGAUUUAGACGCGUGUUUUUGGAACCAAGAGAUGUACCAGUUGUACGAUAUUUGCGAGUCGAAGGAUAAUAUCGUGGACGAGAAAACGAAUACCGUCGUCGGCGCAGUCUCGGGGAGAACUGUGAUACGAAUGCACGAAGGGAGCAGGAAAGCGCUGACGGAGUAUUACGAAGGGAAAUAUCCGGGCGCACGGUUAGCGACGGCAUCGUCCGCGGACACGCCGCUGGCGGUGAAGAUUGGUCAGUCCGCGUUGAGGAAUUUAGAAAUAGCGCCCGGCGUAUCCGCAGCCUCGGUGUUUGCCAUUGGAUGGGAGAAGGAGUUCGACGGGAACAUGCAAAUCGGACGGACGCCCCCGUUGAGCGCGAACAAAGCGCAGACGCACUUUCCAAUUUUAAGGAAGUUUACGAACAUAGAAUACCACAAGAUGCUCUUCUUUGACGAUUGUAACUGGGGCGAUCACUGCGCGGCGGUGGAAAGUCAAUGCGUCGAGCCGAAAGCUGGUUUAGGACCGGCCAUACAAAGAACGCCGAGAGGAUUAGGCGUAAAAGAAUGGGAGACGGCGUUGGCAAAGUAUAAAGCCCGACACGAGCAGUAUUUUCAAAAAUAA